AUGCAAUUGACUCGUCUUCUGACUUUGGCUGCCGUUAGUGGCCCUCUCAUGGUCUCUGCUCACCCAGGCCAUGUUGAGGAAGAUGCCACCCCUGAGCUGAAGAACUACAAGGCAAAUGUUCGUCGCUCAGCAGAAGGCUGUACUUUCCACUGGGCAGAGAACGGACUCCAGAGCCGUGCUGUUGCUCGUCGACAGGCUACUAUCGAUAUGCAUCGCCGUCGUCUGGAGAAGAAGGAUUCUAGCAAGGUGCUCAACACCUCGCACUAUGAGUCUGAUAUCAAGCUCAACUCCCCCUUCGAGGAUGUGUGGUCCGCAAGCAGCAUUCCUCUGAACCCAGAGGGUGAGAGUGGUCCUUACUGGGUUGUUGGUGAGCGUCUUCGCUCCAACAUCCUGGAGAGCCAGCGAGGUGUUCCCGUUAUCAUCGAGGAGCAGUACAUCGAUGUCGAGACCUGCGAGCCCAUCACCGAUAUGUUCGCCGAGAUCUGGGGUUGCAAUUCCACCGGUGUUUACUCUGGCCUUGUUGCCGAGGGUAAUGGAAACCCUUCAGAUGUUGGUAACCACAACACUACCUUCCUGCGUGGCGUCCAGCGAACCGAUGAGGAUGGUGUUGUCACCUUCCUGACCCUCUUCCCUGGCCACUACGACGGUCGCACCACCCACCACCACGUCGUUGCCCACUUGAACACUACCUUGCUGCCCAACAACACUCUUGCCGGAGGCUACUACCCCCACAUCGGCCAGUUCUUCUACGACCAGGACCUCAUUGAGAAGGUUGAGUCCACCUACCCAUACAACACCAACAGCAUUCCCCAGACCUCCAACAAGGAUGACCGUGUUUUCUCUCAGGAGACUGAGGGCUCUACUACCUCUGACCCUGUUCUACACUACACUUACCUUGGUGACAAGAUUGAGGAUGGUAUCUUCGCCUGGGUCCAGGUUGCUAUCAACACCUCUGCUCACCACUACCCUUACUACACCAACGUUCUCACUGACGAUGGUGGUAAGAACGUUACUGGCACUGACUGUGGUUCCUACACCGUGAUUGACGGUGGUCUUUGCAACACCACUUCCAGCGACUAA